AUGGCUGGGAUGUGGGGCGAACCCCGUGCCCUGGGGGAAGGACAUUGUGAGAUCCCAGUCCAGCAUCCCAAGAGAGAGGAGAGCGAGGCUGAGGAGCAGAGCCCUGGCUGGCCCUUGUCCCCGUGGACGCCAUCCCAGUCCUGGCUGGGAUGCUCGGAGGGGGAAGAUUCUCCAUUGAGGACGGCGCAGACACCACCCUGGUCUUGGGAAGGGGUAAACAUUGCUGGCCUUGAGCAAACGGUGCCGUCCCGUGACUUGCCUCAUGGGGACGAGGUUCCUUCGUUCCCCCGGGAGGCAUCUGAGACCUGCGAUUCCAUGGGGACAGGUUCCACCAGGGACCGUGCCGAGGGCAGAGCAGCCGUUUCAGAGCAGGCCAGCGAGGAAGCCCAUCGGUUGCAGUUCCGGUCAGGCGCUGCCCAGCCCGGAGAAGCUCCCCGGGAGAUGCUAGCCCGGCUCAGCCAGGCUGCUCGGCUCUGGCUACGGCCCGGGGAGCGCACCAAGGAGCAGAUUGUGGACGUCGUCGUGCGGGAGCAAUUCCUGGGGGUGCUGCGGGCAGAUGUGCGGGCCUGGGUGACGGCGAGGAAGCCCCGCAGCAGCGAGGAGGCGGCUGCGCUGGCUGAAGCCUGCCUGGGGCAAGGGGAGUCGACCCAGCCUGCUCAGGGGGCGGUGACCUUCGAGGAGGUGGCUGUGUAUUUCACGGAGGAGGAGUGGGCUGUGCUGGACCCCGGUCAGAGAGCCCUCUACAGGGACGUCAUGCAGGAGAAUUACGAGAGUGUGACCUUGUUGGGAUUUCUCAUUCCCAAACCCGACGUGAUCUCCCGGCUGGAGCAAGGGGAAGAGCCGUGGGUCUCAGAUCCCCAGGGCUCCGAGGAAAGGGGGAGCCUGAGCAGUGCCUGCAUAGGAUUUCCGGUUUCCAAGCCUGAUGUGAUUUCCCCGUUGAAAGGGGAGGGCGAGCCAUGGCUCCCCGAUCUGCAUGGCUCUGAGGAGAAGACGAGCCUGCGGGGCACCUGUGCAGGUGAGGGUCCAGCCUGUGAAAAUGCUCAGGACCAGGGUCCCCAGCAAGUGGAGCCGCGCAGGACGCUGUCCGUGAAAUCCGAAGGGAACGCUUCCUGGAUGCCGACGCAGGGGGAGCCACACCUGACAUCAUCAAUGAAACGCGAAGGGGGUUGUGAGCAGGAAGACGUAUGUGCGAGCUGGGGUGGGUUGGAAGGGCAGGAGGGAGCCCAGCCCACUUCCCCCGGGGGAGGCAGCAUGGGCCACAGAUAUGUCCAGGUCCUGCUGAGCCUCCAGCCGGAGCAGCAGCAGCAGCGGCCGUGCCCCGAGUGCGGGAAGAUCUUCGUUGACAGUGCUCACCUCCUGCGCCACCAGCGGCUGCACGCCCUGGAGAAACCCUUCCCCUGCCCUGACUGCUGGCGGGGCUUUCUGCGGCGCUGCGACCUGUCCGUCCACCGGCGCUCCCACACCGGGGAGAUCCCCUUCCCCUGCCCUGACUGCGGGGAAGGGUUCCUGCGCCGCUGCGACUUGGCCGCCCACCGCAAGAGCCACAUGGGGGAGUGGCCCCACCAGUGCCCCAAGUGCGGGCGGCGCUUCCGCAAGCGCUCUGUCCUGGUCAACCACCAACGCACCCACCUGCAAGACGAUCGCUACAAGUGCCCUGACUGCGGCCAGGGCUUCAAGUGGCCCAGCCAGCUGGAAAUGCACCGGUACAGCCACAUGGAGGAGAAACGGCACACCUGCUUCAAGUGCGGGGAAAGCUUCAGCCAGCGCUCCCACCUCCUGGCCCACCAGGGCAGCCACCUCGGGGAUGCCCCUUACCACUGCGCCGACUGCGGGAAGGGCUUUGCCCAGCACCCUGACCUCAUCCUCCACCGGCGGAGUCACACCGGUGACCGGCCCUUCCACUGCCCCCAGUGCGGCAUUGGCUUUGGCCGCAGCUCGGACCUCAGGAACCACCAGAGCAUCCACGCAGGCCAGCAGCCCUACAAGUGCCCCCUGUGUGGGAAAGGCUUCCAGGAGAGGGCGCACCUGGCUGCCCAUCAGAAAAGCCAUGGCGGGGACGAUUUCUACCUCGGCCUUGCCGCAGUUUGGAUGGGGUGA